UUUAAAUUGCAAACGGCGGAAAUGCGAGUCAGGUACUGUAUUGGGCUGGUGAACGCACAGGAAUUUGAGCUACCAUCAAUUUGCAGACUGUAUGAGCAUUGUAAUAGUCAACCGGAGAUGGAGAGGACUUUCAGAGAUUCUGUUUGCUGAGAAAUCCAGCGUGACGUUUUCCAUUUAUAUACACACACUCGGGUCAGGCCAGCAGAGGGAGGAAUAGAUUGGAGAGGCGGCGCGAUGCGUCAAGGGCGAGGCGAAGCGUAGCUACAUUUUCACCCAGAAGCGCGUUGUCACUUCAACCGCAGAGGCUGCAAUGAGCGGCAGAGUCGGCGACCUAAGUCCCAAGCAGGCGGAAACUCUCGCUAAGUUCCGAGAGAAUAUUCAAGAUAUCUUGCCCAAUCUUCCUGUUCAGGAUGACCACUUCCUGCUGCGAUGGCUUAGAGCCAGGAGUUUCAAUCUUCAGAAGGCAGAGCAUAUGGUUCGCAAGCAUGUAGAGUUCAGAAGACAAAUGAAAGUUGACACACUCACUAGUGGUUGGGAACCUCCGGAGGUUAUCAUUCGUUACUUUUCUGGAGGCAUGUGUGGCUAUGACAAAGAUGGCAGCCCUAUAUGGUAUGAUGUAAUUGGCCCUCUGGAUGCAAAAGGGUUGAUGCAUUCAGCUUCUAAACAGGAUUUUUUAAAAACAAAAAUCCGAGACUGUGAACGGCUGCGAGAUGAGUGUAUUAAACAAUCAAAAAAGCAUGGGAAGCAUAUUGAAACAAUCACAAUGAUCUAUGACUGUGAGAAUCUAGGAAUGAAGCAUUUAUGGAAACCUGCAGUUGAACUGUACGGAGAAGUACUUACCAUGUUUGAGGACAAUUACCCUGAGGGAUUAAAGUCAUUGUUUAUUAUCAAAGCACCAAAAAUUUUCCCUGUGGCCUACAACCUUAUAAAGCAUUUUCUUAGUGAAGACACGCGCAAGAAAAUCCAGGUUCUAGGUGGUAAUUGGAAGGAGGUCCUAUUACAAAAUAUUGACGCAGAACAACUUCCUCUUUAUUAUGGUGGAACUCUUACAGAUCCAGAUGGCAAUCCUCGGUGUACAUCCAAGAUAAACUUUGGUGGUGAUGUACCAAAGUCAUAUUACAUCCUUGACUCUAUUAAACAACAAUAUGACAAUAUAGUCACAGUGAACAGAGGAUCUUCUUUUCAAUCUGAAUAUGAGAUUCUCUUCCCCGGCUGUGUUUUGAGGUGGCAGUUCAUGACUGAGAAUGCAGACAUUGGGUUUGGUGUAUAUCUGAAGACAAAGAUUGGAGAACGACAGAAGGCUGGUGAAAUGGUGGAAAUGGUUGCCAACCAACGAUACAAUAGUCACCUGGUGCCUGAGGAUGGAACACUCACUUGCGUGGAACCUGGAAUCUAUGUUUUAAGGUUUGACAAUACAUACAGCAUCAUCCAUUCCAAGAAGGUUAGCUACUCGGUGGAAGUGCUGCUCCCGGAUAAGGGGUCGGAAGCACAGAUGGAUGACCUUGGGAAGAAGAUGGAAGAAAUGGACGUCAAUGAAAAAUUGCAAAGUCAUGAUUAAAGGAGACUGUGAGGCUAUUUUAUAAUGAAUUGAUUUUUGUUUUAGUGCUGUGUGGACAGUGAACGCAAUGGUAUGUUGUAAUGAUUCAUGAACAGCUAUCAGUAACGUGUACAUUUUGUCCUAAAUGGGAUGCCGUUGAAUAAUCCAUGGGUUAUCAUUCUUCUUUUGAAGCACAUCACCCCUGUUUGGGGCAUAGGCUGCUGACAGCAACUUGCCAGGGCCCCCUGUCCUGCGCUGAAGGUUGAUCGGCUCUGUGGCUUCCGCUUUCACCAUGCGACUUCAUACGUCUUCGAGGCAAAGAGCUUCCUCUCCCAGGGAUGAGGUCUUUGGAGCUUUGGUUGGUGUUCCUGCAGCUCUCGAGUUUUUACAGGAUAGAGUUGCUAGCCCCAUGGUCAACCCUCCUCCUCCUGCAGCUGGGCUUGGGGCCGGCCAUGGGAGAGCUAGGGAUUAUAAAGAUCGAGCCAAAAUUGGAAUAUAUAAAUUAUGCAUGCUAAUUGUACCAUAAAUAGGACCAACAGGGUACACCAAACCAUUUUGACAAGUAUUUCUUCAUCUAAUGUUCUUCAUGGAGUCUAUUAUUUUUAUCUAAAUGGCCAAAUUGGUCUGCAGUUAUGGAUAUAUUAGAAUAUUUGGCUUUUGGACUGUUUAAUGCCACAGUCAUAGUUGUUCAGUAUAGAAAUAGGCUCUUCCAUCCAUUAAUUACCAACCAGCCAUCUGCAUCAAUCCCAUUGCCUCUCUCUCAUUUCUCUUGAAGGCCUACCUAUGAUCCAAGGUAGAAGGAUUUACAAAGAUUACUGAGGAGUGAUGCAUCUUACUGUGUCAAAUUAAAUGGGCAGUUAUGAAUUGGUCUGGAGGUAUGAACAAAAAUAUGACCACAAUUAAUUGUUAUGGAUUUCUAGUAACUUAUAAACAUAUCUUUCCACAUAGAUCAAAUUCUUUAUUGAUACAGAACUUUCCUAUUCACUGGCUCAUUUUAAUGUCUUUCAAUGCCCCUUAUUGCUGUCAAAUUUCAGAUCAUGAAUAACUGUAACUGCAAUGUCACACAAGAAACUUGGACCUAGAAUAGACCAUCCAGCCCCUUGAGUCUAUUAUGCCAGUUAAUAUAUUAUGCUCAUCCACUCCAGGCCUCAGCUCCUCUAUGCUAAAUCCCUUGAUCUUGUUAAAAAAAGACUCUACCUCUACUUUUAAAUACUUACUAGGAUUUAGCCUCCACUAUUCUCUGGGGUAGAGAAUUUCAGAGAUUCACUACCCUCUGCAAGAAGACAUGUCUAUCUAACUUGACUUUAAAUGACUGGCCCCUUAUCUUGAAACUACGUCCCCUUAUUUGAGACUGUCCCAUCGGUGAAAGCAUCUUAAUAUCUACUAUCACGCUCUCUUGGGAUUUUAUGUGUUUCAAAAAGUCAUUCUUCUAAACUCCAAAGAAUACAGGCCCAGCCUGUUAGCUUCUCUUGACAGGACAAUACUUUCACCUCAGGAAUUAGCUGAGUGAAUCUCUGAACCACCUCAAAUGCUACUACUGUACAUUACAUCCUUUCUUUGGUAAGGGGACCACAACACCCUGUACAAUAGUUACAAAAUUUCCCUAUUGCUAAGUUCCAACCAUUUUACAAUAAAGGCCAAUAUAUUGCUUGCCCUCUUACCUAUUUGUUGCACUUGCCUGGUCCAUUUAUUCUACCCACCAGUACCAUUGGCAAUACACAAUACGCUCAGUUGUCUUUUGAAGUCUUAAUGAAUGCCAACUAGAUUAAAUUAUCAGGCAUCUUUCCUUAGGAAAUCUGCUCUCGCUUUGCAAAAAGUAAAAUUCCAAGAUGCUGGAGAUCUGAAAAACAGAAAUGCUGAAAAAAACAUAGAUAUGAAUUGAAUUGACUUUAUUUCUUGCAUCCUUCACAUACAUGAGGAGUGAAAAUCUUUACGUCUCCGUCUAAAUGUCAGGCAGCAUUGGAGUUGGUCCUUCAGACUUAUGACCUUUUACAUUAAUUAUCCACUGCAUUAAAAUCUUCACAUUCUCAACUUUAUACAUUGAAAAAAAUUUAAAUCUGUUAUUGGACCCACAGCUUGCAACAUGAGAAAUAAUUGACUAGGUAUACUAAAUGUAUUGAAUUAACUCCAUAACAAGCCUGCACUUAAGUACAUGUCUCUAGCUAUGAAUUAUUCUAUAUGAAGGAUUUUAGUUCAGUAGACAUUUAAAGCUGCUUUAUUGUUUUGAGUGUCUUCCUUUUUAAGAAACUGUAAGGAUUUAGUUUUCAGGUUUGAUACAUCAAUAUUUACUGAGCUUUCUCUACUUCUGUUCAGUAAGAAAUGAUAGGUGAGGCUAUGUAGAUCGGCACAAACAGCAUUAAUAACUUCCAGGGUCUGUAGCUGUAUUGAGACCUCCAAGGGAAGCCAGACUUUGUUUUGCACUAAUAGUAUACUUACCUUGGUGCUGAUCUGCAAUGAAUAGGUUAACGAAGAUUGAGAAAGUUUACUCUCGUGCACCAAGUUCUAACAGUGGACUGCCACAGAUGAUUCAAGUACUCAAAGUCUUUAAAUCUACACCUGCACUAAUUUUGUUUACUCAUCAAGACUAUGUAACUGAUAACUGCUUGAUAUAAAUCAGCAACAAUAGCCUGUGCCUUUCCAAGAGAAAGUUCAUUUAAUUUGCUGGUGCUCCAAUGGGGCCAAAUUGAAAAUUCUAUCAAUCUCAAUGGUUCAGGUCUUCCCCAGAGGAGUUCUCAAGUAUUCUUCUGCAGUAUACUGAGUUGGCUGGUCUCAAAUCAGAAGAUGGUGCCAGUUGAUUUGCUUUGGCCUCAUUGCACUUCUAUUUGUUUAUCCCGCUGACCUUCCUAUCUAGAUUCAUAACUGAAUGACCAUUGGGGCAAGGUGGUGAAGGAUUGUAUCCAUGGUAUUGUCUGUUCAGCCUGCAUCCACAACAUCAAGAAGUUAAGAGAAAAUGGAACACCAGGGAUAUCAAAGGCUAUUACUUUCCCUCAUUUUAUGCAAGUUGCAUGCCAGUCAUUACCUUUAAAGAAAUAGACUACUGAUAAUAAAUUUCCAGCUCUCCUUUCAUCUAACAGGAGCACUAAUUUGGGUUAACAUGUUGUAACCAUUCAUUCUGAAUACAAGUUCUCCCUGCAAGAACAACACACAUUAUUUAUGCCAACAUUUUCUUUAUUGGCAACUGCAUUCCAAAGUAACCAAAAGUUUGCUUCAGGUGAAUGGGAGCAGAAGAUUGACAACAGUUGGUUCUGCGUCAGUAUAUUGAUUUGAAGCUGCAGAUGUGCAUUGCACAGUACUGACAGGAUCCCAUUAUACAUAACUGUUUUCAUCUCAGUACCUCUGUUACUUGAAGUGCUAUUAAUUUUGGAGUUUAUUUAAUGCAAAAUCUACAAAAGAAUAAGUACCUAAUAUUUAUGUAUCAAGACUGAGACUUUGUAAUUUAAUAUUAAAAAUAACUGAAGAGUAAUUUGUAAUGAAGAGAUUUUUUUUUAAAAAAGACUUUGGAAUUUCUCCAGGUUUACUUUCUUACUUGACAAUAUGAAUGGAUUAUUGACAUCAGGUAAUUUUGAAAUACUGUGGUAUAAAAGCCUUGGUUCUUAUAAGAUCACAGAUAUCAAGAAUAAUUUAUUAGAAUUCCAAAAAUCUGAGCUUGUUUUUUUCCAGAUCCUUAAAUGCAUUACUUAUAAUAAGGCUGAGUAAUGUUAUCUGUAAUUGUUAUCUUAACCAUUGUAUCAUGAUCUUGUGUCUGCAAAGUUGAAUGACAAUGUACUCUUCAAAGUAUUUGCUGGACUCAUUUUUGGAUUAUGUUAGUCAGUUAAUUAAUAUAUUAGCCACAAAGAGUUUACUCUUAUCUAAAAUAACCCAGUUUCUGAAUUACUGCUGUUUUGAGUAUGUGUAUGUCAAUUUUACAGUCACAGAAGGGUUAUCAGUCUGUCAUAUCUGUGCUGCUGUUUACAGAGAAAUAAUAUGCAAUUGAUCUGGAUUAAUCAUUACUGUAUCUGGUUUGAUUACCAAAACAAGAAUGUGGAAGUGGAAUAAAAACUAUU